CGGAAAAGAUCGUCUUCAGUUUACGCCUUGGGAGUGCCCGGGCAAGACGUGGGAGGUGGAGCUCUAUAACUCAAUAGCUUUGUGACUCAGUGACUUAAAUGGUCGUGACUGAUUUGUUGGGUUGGGCUGUUUCUGUUGAAAUAUGAUAGCUUAGUGGAUUUUGGUGCGUUCGAUGGAUGGGAUAUGAGUUUGGUGAUCUGUAUAGCGACGUGAGGCCUCUUCAUCGUAGAGGUUGUGGACAUGCUACACACGGCCUUCAAAUUCGGCUUCACUCCCACUAUCGCUAAAAGCACAUGAUAAAGAAGAACUGUAUAUCAUAACCAAUAAUGGAGGCUCAGCUAACCGUUCAUAAUCCCGGCGGUGGUGGGAGCUCCUCCUGCUUCACCACGCUGCCUGAUAGUCUGUGGGAUAACCUUAAGAUGCUUAAUAGGACAGAUUUCUCUCAUGAUUUGGAAGAACUGUGGUCUAACGAAAUGCCAUAUUCAAGGGAUACUCCUGUCAUCAGUUGGGAACAGCUGGAUCCAAACUGUCAGUGUGAACAGAUCUUCCUGUUCGCCGUGGCUGUUCUUGUGACCAUUAUAUCAGUGGUGGGGAACGUUUUCAUCCUUAUCGUGAUGGUUUGUACGGGUUUAGUGUACGAGGACACGUUCCUGAUCCGCACGGCGCUGGCCACUGGGGAUCUGCUGCUGGGGCUCAUGCCGGCGGCCCUGGCGGUGUUCGACCACAUUGCCCUCAUAAACGGCACCACAACCCUCGGGCACGUCCUACCGAAGACCAUCUGGGCCGGCCUGGACCACGAGAGCUCCUCCCAAAGGCAACUGAAGUUCCAUCACCUGCGCUUCGAAAGGCGCGGGUAUUCCCUGGCGUGCGCGAUUGUCCUCACCCAUACCACGUCUUUCUCGAUGUUCAUCCUGGCCCUCCUGAGCAUAGAGAGGCUCUGCGUGGUCAUCGGGAAGCCGCUUAGAAGGUCGUUCAUAGUGUUAGGCUUAGCGCUGGCGUUUGUCGCCAGCCUACUCAUCUCCCUCAUGCUAAACUGGUGCCAGAAUCACCUUGCCUUCAUCGGCUACUUCGACCCCGUCACGAAGCUGACACUGGGAGUCAAAGCAACUUACGUUGACACGACCGAGUGGAGUUUGCUCGUGUCCUUAGUCAUCUGGGUCGUGACGGGUGUCACGGUGGUCGUCGUCACAGCCGUCACACUCUUCCAGCUGCGGCGCCACGACCAGCAGGCGCGGGAGAACCUCACCAUCCACUCGGCUCUGCGCGUGACCGAAAUGAGGCGCCUGACGGAAACGCUGACGUACAUGAUCCUCCUGUUCACAAUGUCGUGCAUCCCAUGCAUCCUGGACAUGGUGAUUAACAAGAACCUGCCCAUGGUACAUCACCUGGCCUGGUGGACCUUCAUGGCCGGCUCCUCGUGGAACUGGGCCCUGUACACUCUCCGCGGGGAAAAGUUCUGGAGGCGCGCUAGGGAGCUCUUCGGCGACCCCACCUACGCCGACCGGACGCACGUCCUCUACAAGAGUAAAAAAACGAAAAUGUUACUCAGCGUAGCGAACGCACCGGACAGCGGGCAUUGCAAUGAAUGCAUAUCAACAAAUCUCGAUGGACAGAAGUUUUCCAGCCAAAGUGCCGUUUGAAAGUCAUUUAAAGUGAAACAAUAUAUGUGUAUGUAUGUAUGUAUGUGCGUGUGUUUGUUUAUAUAUGUGC